GCCCGCGGCGGCGCGAGGGGGGCCCGGCCCGGCGCUGCCCUCGACAGCGGCAAGUUUGGGAGUUGCACUAGUUUGCGGGGUGGGGGCGAGGCCGGGCGGGGGGCCAUGGAGGAGGAGCGGGGGUCGGCGCUGGCGGCCGAGUCGGCGCUGGAGAAGAACGUGGCGGAGCUGACCGUCAUGGACGUGUACGACAUCGCGUCGCUCGUGGGCCACGAGUUCGAGCGGGUCAUCGACCAGCACGGCUGCGAGGCCAUCGCGCGCCUCAUGCCCAAGGUCGUGCGUGUCCUGGAGAUCCUGGAGGUGCUGGUCAGCCGGCACCACGUCGCGCCGGAGCUGGACGAGCUGCGCCUGGAGCUGGACCGUCUGCGCCUGGAGAGGAUGGACCGCAUCGAGAAGGAGCGCAAGCACCAGAAGGAGCUGGAGCUGGUGGAGGACGUGUGGCGGGGGGAGGCGCAGGACCUGCUGUCUCAGAUCGCCCAGCUGCAGGAGGAAAACAAGCAGCUGCUGACCAACCUCUCGCACAAAGACGCCGGCUUCUCAGAGGAGGAGUUCCAGAAGCACGAAGGCAUGUCGGAGCGCGAGCGGCAAGUGAUGAAGAAGCUGAAGGAGGUGGUGGACAAGCAGCGAGACGAGAUUCGUGCGAAGGACCGGGAGCUCGGCCUGAAGAACGAAGAUGUGGAGGCUCUGCAGCAACAGCAGACCCGGCUGAUGAAGAUCAACCACGACCUCCGGCACCGCGUCACAGUGGUGGAGGCCCAGGGGAAGGCCCUGAUCGAACAGAAGGUAGAACUAGAGGCCGAUCUGCAAACCAAGGAACAGGAGAUGGGCAGCCUGCGGGCGGAGCUUGGGAAGCUGCGGGAGAGGCUGCAGGGUGAACUCAGCCAGAACGGAGAGGAGGAGCCUGAGGCGGAGCCGGGCGGAGAGGAGUGCGUCUCGGAGGCGGAGAAGAUGGCCAUGGACCUCAAGGACCCCAACCGCCCCCGGUUCACCUUGCAGGAGCUGCGGGACGUGCUGCACGAGCGGAACGAACUCAAGUCCAAGGUGUUUUUGUUGCAGGAGGAGCUGGCGUAUUACAAGAGUGAAGAAAUAGAAGAGGAAAAUCGAAUACCCCAGCCUCCACCGGUCGCCCACCCGAGAAUGUCCCCCCAGCCGGAGUCUGGGAUCAAGCGACUGAUCUUUACAGCCAUAAUGCCCAUGGUAGCCGCGGGACUGAUAAUAGAUGACCCCUCACUGCAGCCCAUCGGACGACUUGUCUCCCCUGUAGGCACUGUGUGUGUUUCCGGUUGCGUUUUGAGCUGCGCCUUUGGAAUGCGUGCUGCGGCUCUGCCGAGGCUGGCCUGGCUUCCUUGGCCACUCUAGCUGCAUGGCCACCAGCUCCACCAGCUGCGUGUUCCCGUUUGAAGUGGGUGCCGAGUGUGAGUCUCGACCUGCACGAGUGAGACCGCGGAAUUCUCGGCUCUGUCACCGAUAAUUCUUUUUGUCUUUUCUUGUUUCCGUUCUAAAAACCACCUUGUCCAUGAUCCAGUAAAGAAGGUGCUUUAAGUGACGGGUCAGUAAUCAACGCCCACUGUGACCACCUCCCCCUUCCAGCCCCCGAGUGACACUAACGCUGUGUUUUUGACCUUCACGCCCUAGCUUUCUAAACCGCUUUGUUUUGCCGAUCCCGUCGUCAGAAAGCCAUUUGAUCCUGUUCAAAAAAGGAAGAGCAGAGGAGGGGACCAAUGCUUUGUGCCUGCGUCCCCUCGGACAGGAAGUGGCACCUGGCUUUCCUGCUUGAGUCAGGUAGAGGUGACAUGUGGCAGUGGUGUGUUGCUGCUGUAUUUUUGGCCAGCUAAUUGCCCUGAUUACACUAUGGAAAGAGCUCGCAAAUAACCCAGUAUGAAAACUGUGCCUUCAUUUGUCAGGACACAUAUCUGUUGUAGAGGAAAGAGACUUUAGCUGGUAGGGAGAAUCUCUCCAGAUAUAUUUGGCUUGCCCCAGCUUUACAAUGAAAGACCACUUAAUUCCCAGUAGGAGGUGAUUGUAGGGUCCAGUAAGCACAGAAUAGUAAAGUCAUUUUCACCCAGAUGUGAUUAAAACUGAGCUUCACAGGCCACAGCACUUACAAGGGGGC